AUGCUCUCCUUCCUCGCCAGAAUGUUGGCAUUCUCGAGGAAUGAAGCUUUUUGUUUCCUUUGGAUUGCCUGUGUUUUCAUUUCUACACUGAGUCAACAAGAAACAGAAGCCUUUCAGUGUGACAACGGGAUCUCUCUGCCUUCUGACAAUGUGUGUGACUUCACAGAUCAGUGCGGGGACAACAGCGAUGAACAGCAGUCUCACUUCCUCUCACUGGUUUCCAAAGUGGAUUCUAUUUCCUCAAAUUUAGAAAGUCGAGUUUUCCUCCCAACCAAUGACCAAUGUGCUUGUCAGGUUACAUUUUAUUCCUUCUUCAGCCAAAUGAGUAGCAAAUUAACCGUAGGACUUCAAAAUGCAUGUGGUGGUCCCAUUCAGCAUUUAUGGCAAAACACAUCCGGGCUCCAAAAUUCAUGGGAGAGAAACGUCGUCAAAAUCCAGAGCUCACAGAGAUUUCGGGUUAUUUUUCAAGGUCAAGUGAUUUCAACUCAUGCACAAGAUGAAGUUAUUGCUAUUGAUGAUAUAUCUUUCAGUUCAGCCUGCUUGCCUGCAAAUGAUGAAAUUUUACCAUGUCAAGAAGCAUCAAAUACCACGCAGGAACUAUGUCCUCCAGAUACAGAUCUCUGCAGAUUUGAUUCAACAGAUGAAGGAUUGAGAUUGUGUCAGGCCUGUGGAUUUGAGUUUGACAUGUGUGACUGGGCAUCGGAGGCACCUGCUGAGCAAAUUUCCUGGAUACGCACAAAAGCACAAGAGAUCCCUGCAUUAGAAUCCACACCCCAGCAGCAUCAAAGUAGUGAUGAUGAAGGGAGUAUGUAUGUUAAAUGUGAGAGUAGAAAUUGGGAAAUGAUUAAUGUCUUUCUCUUCAAAUCAAAGGAAGAAGAAAUAUUUUGGAUGUAUAACACAUCAACUGACAGCAAGUGGGUGAAAGCAGAUGUGUUAAUACCAGAAGAUCUGAAGACAUUUAAGGUUAUUUUCGAAGGGACUAUUUUGAGCCAGAAAAGUUUCAUCGGGCUGGAUCAGCUCUGGGUCUAUGCCUGUGGACAGGUCCCACCCAGAAAGCUUUGCCCUGUAGACGAAUUCACUUGUGCCAGUGGCCAGUGCAUUGCCCAAGAAUCCGUCUGUGACUCUCGACAAGACUGCUCUGAUGAGAGUGACGAGGACCCAGCAACUUGCUCAAAUCAUCUCACGUGUGACUUUGAGUCUGGUCUCUGUGGCUGGGAGCCAUUUCUCACAGAAGAUUCACACUGGGAGAUGGUGAGGAGAUUGAACAACACAGAGUACUCCUUUCCCAAAGCUGAUCACAUAGCAAACAUAAAUCAUGGAUCAUUCAUUUAUGUUGAGGCACAUGAAUUCCCUGGAGUGGCCAAGCUGGGAAGCCCUAUCCUUACAAAACUGCUCACUGCCUCUACCCCAUGUCAGGUACAGUUUUCGUAUUGUUUGUCUCAGCACUCACAUCUCUCAGUUUUUACAAGAACAUCACUCAAUGGGAACUUGGAAAAGCAAGGCGAAAUAAUAGGAUUCUCUGAUUCUCAGUGGAGCCAAGUCCAAAUCGAUCUCCAUGCAAAAGUCGGAGAAUCUACUCUGCCUUUCCAGGUAAUUUUAGAAGCUACUAUUUUAUCAUCGAAUGCUACUGUUGCUCUAGAUAACAUCAGUAUAUCCCAGGAAUGUGAAAUUUCCUAUAAAUCACUUCCAGAUACCAGCAUACAAAACAAAGAUUCCAAAUGUGAUUUUGAAGCAAACAGCUGUGGUUGGUUUGAAGCAAUUAGUGGUGACCAUUUUGACUGGAUAUGGAGCUCCCCAAGUGACCUCUCUAGUGACUUAGAGCAUCGGGCUCCACCUCGGGAUCAUACUCACAAUACAACUCAAGGGCAUUUUAUGUUCAUUCUGAAGAACAGCAGCAGCUUGUCACAAAUUGCUAAGCUCCAGAGCCCAACUUUCAGCCAGACAGGACCUGACUGCACACUUUCCUUUUGGUUUUAUAACUAUGGGCUGUCAGUUGGAGCAGCUGAGCUGCAGCUACAUAUGGAAGAAUCAAAUGACUCCACAGUACUUUGGAGAGUGUUGUAUAACCAGGGGAAGCAAUGGUCAGAGGCAAUCAUUCAGUUAGGACGCCUUUCUCAGCCCUUCCAUUUGUCACUAGAUAAAGUCAGUCUUGGCAUUUAUGAUGGAGUCUCAGCUAUUGAUGACAUCAAAUUUGAAAAUUGUACUCUUCCCCUUCCUGCUGAGAGCUGUGAAGAACUGGAUCAUUCACCAGAAACCUCAGUCCCUGUGACACUUCCUCCACACAACUGCACAGACAAUGAAUUUGUCUGCAGGUCCAAUGGUCACUGUAUUGAAAAAAUACAGAAAUGUGAUUUUAGAUAUGACUGCACUGACAAAUCAGAUGAAUCAUCCUGUGUCAUGGAAGUUUGCAGCUUUGAAAGAGGAAACCUGUGUGAAUGGUAUCGGCCAAUCCCAGUGAAUUUACUUCGAGAUUCAAGCACAUUCAGGUGGGGACUUGGCAACGGGCUUAGCAUUCAUCACGGAGAAGAAACCCACAGGCCAUGGGUGGACCAUACCAAAAAUACCACAGAUGGCUGGUACCUGUAUGCUGAUAGUUCCAAUGGGAAAUUUGGUGACACGGCUGACAUCCUCACUCCUGUCAUUUCACUCACGGGACCAAAAUGUACCUUGGUGUUCUGGACGCAUAUGAAUGGUGCCACAGUCGGUUCUCUCCAGGUACUGCUUAGGAAAUAA